CACACCUGUAUUUUAACCGCUUCUAGCGAUAUCAUCGGAACCAUUUUCACGCGACGACCUCCGCGAACUGUGACCAUCUCUAGCAGCUGCGACUCGAGAUCAUGAGGCCUUGUCCGGCGGUGCACCGAAGAGUGCCGCCAGGGCCAGUUGCUGGGCAUAAACAAUUACUACCCUUGCAACGAUCAUGUCGCGGAGCACCGCUCGUCUGCCGAACCGCUGCGCCGAUGGCUCCGUCUUGGGCGGAGACUCGCAGCGCAGCGGCCUCGGCCCCGAUUCUCGAACCUGACAUGCUGCCAUCCACAUCGGCACCGUUCAUUUCGCCGAUGACGCCGUAUGUGCCGGAGGAGGAGCCAACGCGGACACCCCCGUCCAUAAAGGACACUGGCACGCUGCGGCCGGCCUCGGAGUGGUACCCGCAGUGGAUGCAGUACCGGCGCCGUGAGGACAACUACGUGUUCUGGCAGGACAAGUUCAUGCGCUGCUCCACCGACAUCCCCUGGGCGGAGAAGCGCUGGACGCUGUUCAGUACGGUGUGGUACCUGGUGCAACAGCUGCGGUUCGUCGGCACGCCGCCGGCUCUGCGCUACGUGGCUUUCCUGGGCUGGCGGGCGCUCAUGUUCCAGGUGUAUGCGGCACACAAGGCGCUGGUGCUGUGGCAGUGCAAGCUCGACGCCGGGCUGGCGCGGAUCGGCAGCGGCGGCGCCACCGCCACGUUCAGCAAGACCAUGGCGCUGCGGCGGCUGCACUGGCGCAACUCGCCGCUGGCUGAGGCACUGUAUGCGCUCAACCUGUACAAGACCGGGCGGGUGCACCUGCUGCCCCCAGUGGCGAAGCCCAUCCCUCGGCCCACCUUCUUCUGGCUCUUUUAAACGCCAAGCACCAAUGGGUGGACAGUUGGCCUUCGGCAGCCUAGCUGAGCACGGCAUUCUGCCUACAGCCGGGCGGGUGUAGGUUGCGGAGGCGGCCCGGGGCUGGCAGUGCGAGGCACGGUCCUCAGGGUGCUGCGCGGUCAUGAUUGCCGCCAGGCGCGAGCUGAGAGGGCGCCGCCAGCGAUAUGUGGGCUGCAGCCGCAGGAGGCCGGUGCUCACAGGAGCGCUAUAGACGGAAGGAUUAUGCUAUCCGUAAAGCCAUAAUGGAUUGCAUGUACCGUACCGAGUUUGGCUGCGUGCUGGUGUAUGGCCAUUACUUCACAGUACCGGUAGAGAGGGCACCAGAGGCCGCUUGCCACGAGGACGGAUGCGACUGUGCGGUGUCUGGACGAGCGUGUAGAGGCGGAAUCCAAGCUGUGGGCCGAUCUCACUUUGAAAACUGUGUCUGUAAUGUUCCAGACUA